AUGGCGUCUCUCACACGAUUUUCCAGAACAGCUAAUUUGUUAAGUAGAAAAACUUUUGAAUUCAAUAAUGUAAUUCGUGGUUCUUUUGCAAGAAAUUUUGUUUUACCACCUGAAAAACCAAGAUCGGCUGCUGCUACAGGUGCUAGAUUUUUAUGGAUUUGUGCAAUUGUGUACGGUCCAGCAUUUUAUAUAUGUUAUCAUAUACCAGAUUAUCAAAAUACUAGAAAUCUAGAAGAAUAG